CUGAAUUCUAAACCCCCCCUCUCACAAGACGUAUUCGCCUUCCUAUCAAAGCGCUUUGUCGGAAGUCUAUCGCCGCCAUAUCAUCGGUUUCAAACCGGCGUCUCCAUUAUUUCUAUCUAAUGCUUCUCCACGGCCUUCUUCCCCCACGAUUGUAGUUUUUGUUUGCUUUUCUAGGGUUAGGGUUUGGAUUCGUGCUGUUACGGAAACUAGAAUAUUAUCACAGGUCUAAAGCCCUGGAAACAUGACGAUGCCUGAGCGCAAAACCAUUGACUUAGAGCAAGGAUGGGAGUUCAUGCAGAAGGGUAUCACGAAGCUCAAGAACAUUCUAGAAGGACUUCCUGAGACACAGUUCAGCUCUGAGGAUUACAUGAUGCUCUACACAACCAUCUACAACAUGUGCACUCAGAAGCCCCCUCAUGAUUAUUCCCAACAGCUUUAUGACAAGUACAGAGAGUCUUUCGAAGAGUACAUUACUUCAACGGUAUUGCCUUCUUUAAGGGAGAAGCAUGAUGAAUUUAUGUUGAGAGAGCUUGUGAAAAGAUGGUCAAAUCAUAAGGUUAUGGUCAGGUGGCUUUCACGUUUCUUCCAUUACCUCGAUCGAUACUUUAUUGCUAGGAGGUCGCUUCCUGCACUUAAUGAAGUUGGACUCACUUGCUUCCGUGAUCUGGUUUACAAGGAGAUAAAUGGGAAAGUCAGAGAUGCUGUAAUAUCUUUGAUUGAUCAAGAGCGUGAAGGAGAACAGAUUGACCGAGCAUUAUUGAAGAAUGUUCUAGAUAUCUUUGUUGAAAUUGGAAUGGGGCUAAUGGAUUAUUAUGAGAAUGACUUUGAAGCAGCCAUGCUUAAAGAUACUGGUGCUUAUUAUUCUCGUAAGGCUUCAAAUUGGAUUCUGGAGGAUUCUUGUCCUGAUUAUAUGCUGAAGGCUGAGGAGUGCUUAAAACGGGAGAAGGAUCGGGUUUCUCAUUACUUGCAUUCUACCAGUGAACCAAAAUUAUUGGAGAGGGUGCAAAAUGAGUUGUUGUCCGUGUAUACAAACCAGUUGCUUGAAAAAGAACACUCUGGAUGCCAUGCAUUGCUUAGAGAUGACAAGGUGGAGGAUUUGUCAAGGAUGUAUAGACUCUUCUGUAGAAUUACUCGCGGGUUGGAUCCCGUUUCGAAUAUAUUUAAACAGCAUGUUACUGCCGAAGGUACGGCUUUGGUCAAACAAGCAGAGGAUGCCGCAAGUAACAAGAAGGCAGAGAAGAAAGAUGUGGUUGGUCUGCAAGAACAGGUUUUUGUGAGGAAAGUAAUUGAUCUGCAUGACAAGUACUUGGCAUAUGUUAACGACUGCUUCUUGAACCACUCUCUAUUUCACAAGGCACUCAAAGAGGCCUUUGAGGUUUUCUGCAACAAGGGUGUUGCUGGCAGCUCAAGUGCAGAAUUACUGGCAACUUUCUGUGAUAAUAUUCUAAAGAAGGGUGGGAGUGAGAAGCUGAGUGAUGAAGCAAUUGAGGAAACACUUGAGAAGGUAGUAAAGCUGCUUGCCUACAUCAGUGAUAAGGACCUCUUUGCAGAAUUUUACAGGAAAAAGCUUGCUCGCAGGCUGCUUUUUGACAAGAGUGCUAAUGAUGAUCAUGAAAGGAGUAUUCUGACCAAAUUGAAGCAGCAAUGCGGUGGACAAUUUACUUCAAAGAUGGAGGGAAUGGUCACAGAUUUAACAUUGGCAAGGGAAAAUCAGGCAAACUUUGAGGAAUAUUUGAGUAGUAAUUCGGCUGCAAAUCCCGGGAUUGAUUUGACAGUAACAGUUUUAACCACUGGAUUCUGGCCAAGCUAUAAAUCUUUCGAUCUCAAUCUUCCAGCAGAGAUGGUUAAGUGUGUUGAGGUUUUUAAGGAAUUCUAUCAAACAAAAACAAAGCAUAGAAAACUUACAUGGAUAUACUCAUUGGGUACUUGUAACAUCAAUGGAAAAUUUGAACCGAAAACCAUGGAGCUAAUUGUGACAACUUAUCAGGCCUCUGCCUUGCUGCUAUUCAAUGCUUCAGACAGAUUGAGUUAUUCAGAAAUCAUGGCUCAGUUGAACUUAACAGACGAUGAUGUAGUUCGACUACUACAUUCCCUAUCUUGUGCAAAAUACAAAAUUCUUGAAAAAGAGCCAAACACCAAAACCAUCUCUCCAACUGACUAUUUUGAGUUCAAUACCAAGUUUACUGACAAAAUGAGGAGGAUUAAGAUUCCACUACCUCCUGUCGAUGAGAAGAAGAAGGUGAUUGAGGAUGUUGACAAGGAUAGGCGAUAUGCGAUUGAUGCCUCAAUAGUGCGCAUAAUGAAGAGUCGGAAGGUUUUGGGUCAUCAACAGUUGGUGAUGGAGUGUGUGGAGCAGCUUGGGCGCAUGUUCAAGCCUGACUUCAAAGCAAUCAAGAAGCGGAUUGAAGACCUAAUCACCCGAGAUUAUCUGGAGAGGGACAAGGACAAUCCCAACACGUUCAGAUAUUUGGCCUGAUUCAAUGUGGUGAUGUUACCUCAGGCCGUAUCGAGUAAGAUUUUUCUGGCAAUGCGGUGGAAGUAUGGGUCUGGAGGAUGUAAGAGCACAACCCACCCUGAAUAGCCUCCUAAUGGUGUGACCUGGAUUGAGCGGGGAUUCUUGUACAUGUUUUUGCUAUAUAACUAAACUUUGGGUAACUACCCCUUAUCCCCCAUCUUUGUUAGAGGUUAUAAAAGUGAAGGAAUUUAUUCUGGAAGGUCUUCAGGUCCAUAGGGUAUUGUUACAUCUACCCUUCUCACAACAAAUCCCUUCUCCAUGAUU